AUGCCUGGGAAUGCGUUAUAUGUGGAAUGGCCUAUUCUGAUCGGCAAGACAUCGUGGCUUGUAUUGCAUUCGUACGAACUUUACGAACUCAACGUCGAUAUGGGUUUCACACGCGGAUUUGCGACAAAUACUGUGGGAGUAUCCACAUUUUCGAGUGCAGGCAACUACUUCGCCCAGAAUAACUGGAGACUUGGAUGCACCAAGCUAAAGGGCUACCGGACACAAAUUCUUUAUACGUAUAACAACAACAUGCUUGAGUUCCAGAACGAUAUGGCACGAAAUGAAAGAAACAUGACGCCACGGAACGGAGAACAACGUGAAAAAGAAUUGGUUUUUUUGGCGUACCACGGCAACAAGCUCUUGCCAUUGCAACUCAGGAACCCGGAACCGGACGUUGGCUUACUCGGUAUAUCCCACUUUCCCUCCCAUUAUCCUGGUAUCCAGACGCUUCGGUGGCGCCGAUUCAACUCUUGCAGAGACCGAAUCAUCUUCCCUUCUAUCCAUUGUACAAUACCUCUGAUUCGGCGCAAUACCCGCUGUGGAGUAUCUACGGUGCUUCCCACCCAGACUCUGUACGUCGACACGGGACACGAUAAUGCAUGA